AGAGAUUAGAAAAGUUCUUUUACAAGAAUGACAAUUGUUGACAAUGGUGUAAAAGUUGAUAAGAAUUUAUUUGCUUUAGAUAAAAUUUAUUUCUAAAUGCAGUUUCAUUGCAAUAUUCAAAUAAAGUAGUGCCUAAACUCCGAAAUAGUUAUUCAGUUAAUUUUGUUCUCUGAUAGCUAUCGCAGGGGGACAGAUACCAACAUACUCUUGCGGAUAUAGUACACGUAUGAAAGUGCACACAAACACUUGUUUAAGAUUUUAAGUGCUUUUAUAGAAAAAUAAAUAUACAAUGGAUUUGUCUAUAAUUUCCAAGAAGUUCACGUUAGAAACAUUAAAAGAAAUCGCAUCAAAUGCCGGAAUUGGAACUGAAAAUGUAGUAGCUGAAUUUGCAGACUCUAAUAUGAAAAAAGGAGAUUCCUAUUUAAGUGAGAUAUAUCGUCUUAUUGUUACCUCAAAAACUGGUAAAGUAAAAGUAUUAGUCAAAACUAUGCCUAAAACUGUAGCCCGUCGACAAACAUUCCGUAGUGAUGAGUUUUUCAAGAAUGAGAUAGAUUUUUAUACUAAAAUCAUUCCUGCCUUAAUGGAUUUUCAGAAAAGUACCGGAUCUAAGGAUAUAUUUGAUGAAUAUCCACAGUGUUUGGCUGCAUAUUCUGAUGGUGAAAAUGAUUUUCUUGUACUUGAAGAUAUUAGCGUGAGUGGUUAUAUUGCUCCAUGCCGUCAGAGCUAUACUGAAACCGAAACAUGUUCAUUAAUUUUGAAAGUUCUUGGAAGAUUUCAUGCCGUAUCUUUGGCUUUCAAAGACCAAAAGCCUGAAGAGUUUCAAAAAGUAAUAAGUAUAUUAGAUGAACAUUAUUACGCAAAAAAUUUAAAAAAUUGGUAUGGUGGUUUUUUAAAACUCGCCUCUCAUGUAGCUUUAGAUGCUGUGCAAAAAACCUAUCCAAAUUCAGAAUAUUCUGCAAAAGCAGAAAAGUUUCUUGGUGAAAAUUUAUUUGAAGAUAUGAUAUCAAUGGUUAAUAAUAAGACGGCCUAUGCUGUUAUUGGUCACGGUGAUUGUUGGCGUCCUAAUUUUUUGACAAAAUACGAUUCCACUGGUAAUAAACCAGAGAAAGUAAAAAUUAUUGAUUUUCAAUUGGUCAGAUAUGGUUCAUCGAUUUUUGAUUUAAUAUUUUUAUUAUAUAAUAGUACGUCUCAAGAACAAAGAAUUAAACAUUAUGAACAAUUACUAAAAGAUUAUCAUACAAGUGCUUGUAAUUUAAUUCAAAACCUUGGAUCAGAUGCAAAAAAAAUAUUUCCCUAUGAAGGUUUUAAGGAAGAAUUGAAAAAAUUUGGACGUUUCGGCUGUGGUUUCUGUAUUGAAUCGUUACCAUUAUCGAUGCUAGAUGAUGAUGAUGUUACUGAUUUAGAUACAGUUAAUUUUGAAAACUCAACUUUAUUAGAUUUUUGGAAAAUUAAGCCAUUGGAAAAUGUUGAGAAUCGUAAAAGAUUGGCUGAUAUAUUUAAGCAUGCUGUGGAUAAUGGCUAUCUUUAGUAAAAUGACUAUGACUUGUAACAAAAGAUUUAAAAAAAAAUUAUUAAAUAAUAUAGCAAUCCAGAUCAAAAAGCUUUGUAGUAAUAAAAGCUUAAAUCUUUCUAAUUUAUACGAUUUUCUGAACAAAAUUAAAAAAUUUUCUAA